AAUAAAGAAGACAAUUCAGAGAACUGGGCGGGGAUACUUCACUUUAUUUUUGCUUCUUCUAUUGCCCAACAAAGUCAAGUGACUCGAGAAGAUCGCACAGCCACAAAUCUCUUCGACCAUUUGUUACACAGCAAGUAUGCCUAAAUAGGUUAAGUGUUACAUACACACGUACUUUAAAUAGAUUCGUUGCUACUUUGUUAAUAUUGUCGAAAUUAUGUUUGUAUUCACCGUUUUAGUAAAAGUUUAGUUUAGUUUAUGAUAGUUUCACUUUCGCUGGCAUUGUAUCAAUGGAACUCUACGGAAGUGUGGGAAUGGUGCGUGUGACUCUCUAUGGGAAUUUAUUAUUUAUCUAAUAAAUUCGCAAUUUCGGUCCUUGUGCGGAACCAUCGAUACACGCAUUAUAUAAAAGCGAAAGAUUUGAAGGAUCUCGGCGUGUGUUCAGUGAUGGCUGAUGGGCCAUGUAGCUCUGAGAUUCAACGGCGACGCGUGGAGCUCGUGGAGAACUGCAGCAAACACCUGACGCGUCUGCUGGACGUGCUGUUUAACGUCGGGGCGAUCACAGAGGAAGACGUCAGUCUGGUCGAAGGUUCAGCUCACGGGGGUGAGAGAGAGUGUAUGAGAGCCCUUCUUGACGUCCUAAAUGGGAGGGGAGAAGAAUCGUGCCGUGCGUUUCUAUAUGUGCUUCCAUACGUUCAGGAAGAAACUGGAUUUUUGGGAAAGCUGGGUCAGGCCGAACAUAUUAAGAAGCAUAAGGAAAUCCUAGCCAGACAGAACUGCCUGGUGGAUUAUCUGACCAUCAGAGGUCAAGAUGGGGAUGAGGAAGAGUGCGGGUGCUUGACUGACAUCACAUUCUCGAGACAGGCUGGUUAUGCCAUGCCCUUUCAAUACAGGCAUGAGGCAGCCGGAGUGGGCGAUGGUUUUAGGUCACGUGGGGAUGAGGUGGGUAGACAGGAUCAGACGUGUGUGUUCAGGGAUGUGUACGACAAUCUGCUGUCAAGCUCGGUGAGUGGUCUGAACAUGCUGUCGGGGGUCGCCGGUAGCGGGAAAACCACGGUCGUGAGGCGUCUGGUUCGCGAAUGGGCCGCUGAACCCAACUCGACCAAGAUCUUUUUUUCGUUGUCCUUUCGGGAGCUAAACCUCAUUACCCAAGAGCAAAGUUUGGAGGAGGUGCUGUCGGACCACUACAGUCACCUAAAACCCAUUCUGCGCGGGUUACUGACCUCGAACCCGGCUCAGGUUUUGCUUAUCUUAGAUGGACUCGAUGAAUUCUGUCACCCUCUUAAUUUUGAAAACACCCCCAAGUGCUCAGACCCGGAGCGGGUGCAGCCUAUACAAGCCAUUGUGGUGAAUUUAAUCAAGGGCAAUCUGCUACCGGGCGUGUCCAUUUUCCUCACCUCCAGGCCUCAUGCCGUGUCCAAAGUACCACCUGUGCUGGUCAGUCAGUUCUACAGUCUGCUGGGUUUCUCGGUAGCUCAACAAAAGCAAUACUUCGAGCAGAACUGCAGUUCUCCGGAAGCUGCUGCGGCGGUGUGGGCGUCCGUGUCAUCGCAUAAGCCCCUUCUCCUUAUGUGCCACAUUCCUGCGUUCUGUUGGAUUGUGUCCACUGCAUUACAUGAUGGCAUCUCAUGUCUUUAUAAUGACACCGUGACGCCUGAUGUCAGGUCACCAAACAGCUCUCAGAGAAUCUCAAAACCGGUCACAGUCACUGAAAUAUAUUGCUGUUUUGUCAAAUCCAUCUUGCUCUUCCAUGUGCAAGGCCGUACUGUGGCCUCCCAUCUCACCAGGCUUCAGCACGCCCCUCACGUCCUGUGCGAAACGCAGCCUGUGCUUAAAAGCUUGGGAGCUAUGGCCUUCACAAGCCUGCUGGAAAGACGGUUUAUCUUCAACAGCUCCGAUUUGAGCUCUUUUAAUCUGGAUAGCACCAAGCUCUCACAGGCAUUCCUCGUAGAGACAUUUAAAGAAGACAGAGCCUCCCUCACUUUUGAAAAGGGCUUCCAUUUUGUCCACACCAGUGUGCAAGAGUUCCUUGCUGCCCUCUAUUAUGUUUUUCAGUCACUCUCGGGUUCAGAUCCAUUCGCAGGCCUCAAAACAAGCACGGGACACUAUUUAACAUUAGCGUGUAAGCAAAUGGCAUCAGCGGCUAGUAAGCUCAGCAGACCACAGCAUCUUUUCCGCAGACGUAUUAAGAAGGCACUUCACUGUGGUGAACGGCAUCAGUCUGGACACAUGGACCUCUUCAGCAGGUUUGUAUGUGGCCUAUUGGUUCCUACAACACGCUCAAUCCUAAACGGAUUCUUCCCUGACGAGCCCAGAACGCAACUGCUCCGCUGUCAACCUUCUCUAGACCGGACUCCUGUUUUUCUUCUCCAUCUGUUACAAACCCAGCUCCGGAGCACCACCCUCACUCCGGAGAGGCAGGUGAAUACAUGCCACUGUCUUUAUGAGGCCCAAGACCCCGGUUUAUCACGACGGCUACAGGGCUGGAUGAAAGUCCUUUCACAGCAGACCUCAGAUCAGUCGGAUGUGGUAAACAAAGACUGGAGCGAGCUUGCUUUCCUGUUACAGCUGAGCCCAGACCUGCAGGUUCUGAAUUUGGACGCUCAGGGUCUCAAUGCAGAUGGACUGUGCAGACUCCUACCGGUUCUUCCUCUCUUCUCAACAGUCAGUGUGGGACAGAAUCCUCUGGGCCCAGAAGGGGCGGCUGUCUUAUCCCUCGCUCUGCGAAGCCCAGACUGUUGCAUUCAGAACUUGUGGGUGGUUAAAACUGCUCUCGGUUGUGAGGGCCUGAAGAUCCUUGUAGAAGCGCUGAAAGAAAAUCAUACUGUGAUCGAUCUAAGAAUGGCCAUCAAUAACAUCGGAGAUGUUGGAGCUGGUCAUCUUGCAGAGCUGCUGAGGACAAAUCAAACACUGAGAGAUAUCAGACUUCGUGAUAACCUGGUGACUGACAAAGGGGCAGAACAUCUUAUGGCAGCCCUCAAUGAAAACACUACAUUAUAGUAUCUGUGGAUGUUCGACAACAAGUUUUCCAAAGAUGGUGUAAAGAAGCUCCAAGAAUUUGCAAGAAAGAGACCCAAUCUUGACAUUAAAGUUUGUGUCUGACAACGAACCAGUAAUAUUACGGCAUAUGCUGUCCUCGAAAUGUGCUCAUUUUAAAAUGAUUGCGUUGAUGAACCGAUACCUUCAACAUUUUAAUAUAUACAUCAUUUGAUAAGAGAAUCAUUGAAAGAGCCAUAAUACUGCCUUCUAAUGGACUACUUAUUUGCAUGGUACGUUUACUUCUUACUUUUUUCAGUAAAUAUAGGCUUACUGAUAACUGUCUGUGAUAGACUGUGGUAUUUCCUGCACUUUAUACAAUUUAAACUAUUUUUUACUAGACUGGAUAGCAUUCAUUUAUUUUGUAAAAGAUGAAUGCCAGUGGUUUAGCAAAUAUGUUACUUCAUUUUGACUGAUGCUUACCACGCUAGUUUCAAGGUCACUGAAAUGGCUUCCUUAUCCCUACAAUCUUGUCUUCUUUCCCUCUUCUGCCAUAGUGCCAAUAUGGUACAGUCAAGCUCUGCCAUAGUUUAUUGCCCAUUUUUGAGGGUUAUUGCUUCUUAGAAGUAAAAAUGUAUGUGUAAAAUACACAAAAGCAGAGUUUCACAUUUCGUUCUAAAAGCAACUGUUUCAAACAGUUUGUCAGUGAUUCACAUGAUAAAAUCACAGUAUGUUAUAUUAAAUUAAGGGAUUAAUGUUGUAUUGUUUAACAAUGUUAAGCCUAUGUAUUUUUUUCUCUUUUCUUUUUGUAAUUUUACAAUAAGCCAAAACACGGCUGUCUGUCUUAAACUGUUACUUGUGUUUUAUAAGUUGAAAAAACAAUCAUCUGUGAUAUUUGCUAAAUUCAAUAAAUUUGUAACAUAAUA